AUGCUUCGUUAUCGGGAGGUACACGACCUGGUUCACACUUUGCUUGAUCAACCGACGGAUAUGCUGGGCGAAGUUGUCGUAAAGUGGGUUGAAGGCAUACAGACACUCCUUCCUAUGUGCUUGACUGCUGCUUACUUUGGUUCUCUACGCUUAGCACCCAAGCAGUCGAAAACUUACGUAACAAGCCAUCUGGAGUACGCUAUUCGUACUGGCAGGCAAGCACAUAUACUCAUGUGUGUUUACUUUGAAGAGCACUGGGAAGACAAAUUGGAUGAUUUCCGAUCCUCAUUGAAUAUUCGGCCACCUCCUCCUCGUCAGAAGGUGAUUUGA